UUGAUGAAACUUGUUUGAAACAAUAUGCAGACUUAUGGUAAAUAUGACCAUUUUAAACGAACGAAUUUGUUUAACCAAAACCGAAAGGUGGCAAAGGUUAAAGUUGUGGAAAUGUUCAAUGCCCCGAAACAGUUCAUAGUGGCCAAUGAAACUUAUAACGAGGAAAAUUGGCCAGAAGAUUGUAGUUACUAUGACGACGACAUCCAGAUUAAUAACCAAUCAGGGAUCGAAAAACUCAAAUUCCAGAGGGAGGGCACCAUGGACACAGGAACGGAGGACUUUGAUCUAGACUUUAUGAUGCCGUCCAGAGUUCGUGAAAUUCUGAGUUCAGAGGGACUUGCAAAGGACGUUAUUGACAAGUCGGUAAAACAUUUAGAGAAGAAACAUAGGAGAGCUCUUCAUUUAACGAUUCUACAAGAAAAAUCUCAAAGAACAAGCACAGAACCCAAGAACCAAAAAUCCAAAAAGAGCUUCCUGCCGCGUUUGGUUCUCGGCGAUACCGAGGCGACCAGUGAACAUUCGACAGAGUGUGAAUGCUGCCACGACGUCACGGUCAGAAGAGAGAAACGUCAUCAGCGACCUAAGCCCUGGACGGAGGCACCACCUGUCAAUGAAAUGAUUACGGAACCUAUCGUAGAACCUCCAGUGGAACCAGACUUAGAGGAACCGUUCCAGUUUUGUCUUACAGAAGUAGAAAAAGUAAAAUGGCUCUCCGAACAGCAGUUUGAGAAAGCUUUGGUGGGCAGCAAUUUCGAACCACCCCGAUUAGUGCUCAUCUCCUCCAAAAUUCCGAAACAUCAUGUGAUACCAAAAAUGUUAUUGACUCAAAAUGUUGUACAUAUUGUUUAUGAUUUCGAAGUGGCAUCUUUCAAUGAAAUAUUAGAAAUGAUAUCAAGUAAACUUGAAAGCAUCAAAUCUGGAUGUAAAGCGAAGUCUAUACUCCUGUUAUGUCAGGGUGGUCCAGGUUAUUUGUACAUCCUCAGGAAAUUUGCCGUCACACCUCAGAAACUAAAGAAGGAGUCUUACAAAUGUGUUAGAGAGUUUUGGAGAACAUUAAGCAGUUAUGUUAGUAAAAUUGAGCAGACAGAGUCGGCCAUUCAUAUUUCUGGAUGUUCCCUUGAGGAGAGUUUUCAAGGCAGAGAGGUUGUGCGAUUUAUUCAACGAAUUGUCCAAUCUAACAUGGUCAGAAUUUCGGCAAAUGACGAUCAAUCCGACAAGGGUCAGAAGAUGAUAUCCCUGUACUUCAACUUAAGGCUAUUUAACUACUGGAAAGCUCAUCUGGAUGACAGUGAUAGUGAAGUUGACCUUGACAAGGCAGAAAAAGAAGACCAGUUAAAGGCUUCAUCAGAGGGAGAACCAGAUAAUGAUGUCAGGUCGUGGUCUUCUUUGGCAAAACAGUUUGACUGUGACUAACUUUUGUGUUCAUACUUUGAUUUUUUCAAAACUUCAGAGUGGAUAGUUACAUAUAUAUUCCUGAUUUGGAAGCAGACCAGAGCAGGAACUAGUGUACAUUGUACAUCUUGGUCAUUGAUGCUCACCACGACGGAGAUAUUAGCCUAUGAAUUCCAAAAAUUAACAAACAUUGCUUAUAGCUUAUCAACUAAUGCCGAGUCAUAAAAGCUUGAGUUGGAACAAAUUAUUAGUGGAUCUCAGACUCUGUAGAUCCAGGAAACCAAUUAACUUCAACUCAUUGCUAUGCAAUGUAGAUAUUAGUACGGUAUUAAACUAUUACUUUGUUAAUUAUUUGAAAGUAAUAUAUGUUCUUCAUUGAAACAAGUAUGUGUUUGUUCACUAGUAUUUAUUAAUUCAAUUGUAUAUAUAUCAUUAAAUGAAGGUAAAAUC